AUGUCUACAAGUGAUUUGAUUUUGGAUGGUAAGUUCAUUUUCCGACAUGAAAUUUUCUUCAAAAAAUUUAUUUUCAGUUGAAACACAAAGAAGACUUGAAUAUACUCGUCAAAAAUUGUUGCGUAUCGAACAAUUGAAUGAGCAAUUGAAAAAAGUUCGAAAACUGAACACAGCGAAUGAAGAAAAAUUGGAGAGACUUGAGAUUAGACGAGUUUCUUUGGAAAAAGAUGCAAGUCGAUUAGCAAGUGUUUCACUUCAAAACGAAGCUCUUCUUGAUUGUGAAUUAUUAAAAUCAAUGGAUGACAAUCCAAGAGAUAUGGAAAUGAUUUGUGCUGAACAAUUCAAAGUCAAAAUGAGCCAAUUGAAAUCAUUGCUGAAUGAAAUAAUUGUAAGAACUUGUUUCAAUGAAAAAGCAAUGUGCACUGAAAUUGGACAUCAAGAAUCUGAAUUUGAAUUACGUUUGAAUGAAGCAAUUCAACAACGAAAAAUUGAGAUGAAAAAAUCAGAAACAUUUCAAGAAAAAGCAAGAAUUCUUUUGAUCGAACAAGCAAAUCUGUACGAAAAUGUUAAAACUUUGGAGGGAAAUCAAGAAAAAUUUGAAGCAUCGAAAUGGUUAUUGAAUGUUGAAAAACGAAGAUUAUCCGAUAUUUUGGAUAGAACAAAAAGAGAACCGAAACUUGGAAAAACCAAAAAAUUGCUACCUGAUAAAGUUGGAGAAUUGACUGCAGAUAAAAUGUUAUCAACUUUGGCAAGUUUAUCUCAUUCACAUCUAGAAAAUAGUUAUGAAAAUGAGGAAGAAGAUCAUAGAAAAAUAACAUCAACAUAUCAUUCUUGGUCAUCGGUUGAUUUUGCUGAAAAUGCUUCAGAUAUUGAAAAUCUUUGUGAUAAUAAUAUCGAUUUUAAACCAGCAAGAUUUGUUGAUAGAAGUGUUUCACAAGAAGGUAUGUUCAAAAAUAUUUAGCUUGUAAAUUAAAAAAAAAUAAAAAUUAUCUUCCAGCUUGUCGCACACAUCGUUCUUCAAAAAAAGAAAUCGGUAAAAGUUCGGGAGAAGAAGAUCUUGAUUCAAUUCGAAUUCUACAUGAAGAAAUUGAUGAAAUUCCGGAUGAAAAGGGGCAUCGUAAUAAUAUAAAACCACCUGUUGCACCAAAAGGAAAACAUUGUCCAGUUCAUGGAAAUAUGAAAAAAGUUGAGAAAGAAGUUCCAAAAAUGAAUGGAAUCGAUUUGAUGAAACUUAUUUCGCAAGUUAUUGAAAAAGAGUAUGGAACUUCUUGA